CAAAUCGCGAUCGGCAAACAUCUUCGCAGAGCUCCGCCCAUUUUUAGCUUUACCGUUACGCCAGUGAUCGGGGAAUAAAAUAAAUAUCAAUAUCGGAAAAACCAUGGCCAAGUUUAUUGCUCUGCUGUUGCCCCUGCUUCUAUUUAUUCUAGCAUUUAUGGCCCACACCUCCCUAGCCACAGUUCAGCCAAAGGCUCCAAACUUUCAGUACUUCGAAAGGCCCAAAUACCGUUACCCCUAUUACGAUGAACAUGGUCGCGGAAAGCUACUCUAUGGCUAUGGUGGACCGGAAUUAUAUCAGUACAAGACCUACACGCCUCUGGAAGGCAUACACUAGAGUAUAAACUAUUUAGAUGCAUUGUAGCUCAUAAUUUAUGUAUUAUCCGCUUUAUUUAAAUUAA